GGGCUCCGCGCGGCGGCUGGCUCGGUGCGCGGCGCGGCUGGCGCUGCGCUCCGCCCCGGCUGCAUUGCUGUGCCCCGCGUGCCCAGGGGAGCCACGCGCCGCGUGCGCCCCGCAGCCGGCUGCCCAGAGGCAGCGCAGUCCGCUGGCAUGGGCCCCGGGGGCGCCCCGAGCCGGGGCUCCGGGCUGAGGCGCUGAAAGCCGCCCUCCCGCCCGCGGGGCCCCUCGCCUGGCCCGCCCGCCCGUGGCCAUGGCCGUCCGGCCCGGCCUGUGGCCGGCGCUCCUGGGCAUAGUUCUCGCCGCCUGGCUCCGCGGCUCGGGUGCCCAGCAGAGUGCCACAGUGGCCAACCCGGUGCCUGGCGCCAACCCCGACCUGCUUCCCCACUUCUUGGUGGAGCCCGGGGACGUGUACAUCGUCAAGAACAAGCCGGUGCUGCUGGUGUGCAAGGCCACGCCCGCCACGCAGAUCUUCUUCAAGUGCAACGGGGAGUGGGUGCGCCAGGUGGACCACGUGAUCGAGCGCAGCACCGAUGGCAGCAGCGGGCUGCCGGCCAUGGAAGUCCGAAUCAAUGUCUCAAGGCAGCAGGUGGAGAAGGUAUUUGGGCUGGAGGAAUACUGGUGCCAGUGUGUGGCGUGGAGCUCCUCGGGCACUACCAAGAGUCAGAAGGCCUAUAUCCGCAUCGCCUAUUUGCGCAAGAACUUCGAGCAGGAGCCACUAGCCAAGGAAGUGUCCCUGGAGCAGGGCAUCGUGCUGCCCUGCCGCCCACCAGAGGGUAGCCCUCCGGCUGAGGUGGAGUGGCUCCGGAACGAGGACCCAGUGGACCCGACCUUGGACCCCAACGUGUACAUCACACGGGAGCACAGCCUGGUGGUGCGACAGGCCCGCCUGGCCGACACGGCCAACUACACCUGCGUGGCCAAGAACAUCGUGGCACGUCGCCGCAGCGCCUCUGCUGCUGUCAUCGUCUACGUGGACGGCAGCUGGAGUCCGUGGAGCAAGUGGUCAGCCUGUGGGCUCGACUGCACCCACUGGCGGAGCCGCGAGUGCUCUGACCCGGCACCCCGCAACGGGGGCGAGGAGUGCCAGGGCUCCGACCUGGACACCCGCAACUGCACCAGCGACCUCUGUGUGCACACUGCAUCUGGCCCCGAGGACGUGGCCCUCUAUGUGGGCCUCAUCGCCGUGGCUGUGUGCCUUGUCCUGCUGCUGCUUGUCCUUGUCCUUGUGUACUGCCGGAAGAAGGAGGGGCUGGACUCGGACGUGGCCGACUCGUCCAUUCUCACCUCAGGCUUCCAGCCCGUCAGCAUCAAGCCCAGCAAAGCAGACAACCCUCAUCUGCUCACCAUCCAGCCAGACCUCAGCACCACCACCACCACCUACCAGGGCAGUCUGUGUCCCCGGCAGGACGGGCCCAGCCCCAAGUUCCAGCUCACCAACGGGCACCUGCUCAGCCCGCUGGGUGGUGGCCGCCACACACUGCACCACGGCUCACCCACCUCCGAGGCUGAGGACUUCGUCUCCCGCCUCUCCACCCAGAACUACUUCCGCUCCCUGCCCCGAGGCACCAGCAACAUGGCCUAUGGGACCUUCAACUUCCUCGGGGGCCGGCUGAUGAUCCCUAAUACAGGAAUCAGCCUCCUAAUCCCCCCGGACGCCAUACCCCGAGGGAAGAUCUACGAGGUCUACCUCACGCUGCACAAGCCAGAGGACGUGAGGUUGCCCCUAGCCGGCUGUCAGACCCUGCUGAGUCCCAUCGUUAGCUGCGGGCCCCCCGGAGUCCUGCUCACCCGGCCCGUCAUCCUCACCAUGGACCACUGCGGGGAGCCCAGCCCCGACAGCUGGAGCCUGCGCCUCAAAAAGCAGUCCUGCGAAGGCAGCUGGGAGGAUGUGCUGCACCUGGGCGAGGAGGCGCCCUCCCACCUCUACUACUGCCAGCUGGAGGCCGGCGCCUGCUUCGUCUUCACCGAGCAGCUGGGCCGCUUCGCCCUGGUGGGAGAGGCCCUUAGUGUGGCCGCAGCCAAGCGCCUCAAGCUGCUGCUGUUCGCCCCCCUGGCCUGCACCUCCCUCGAGUACAGCAUCCGCGCCUACUGCCUGCACGACACGCGUGACGCACUCAAGGAGGUGGUACAGCUGGAGAAGCAGCUGGGGGGGCAGCUGAUCCAGGAGCCGCGAGUCCUGCACUUCAAGGACAGCUACCACAACCUGCGCCUGUCCAUCCACGACAUGCCCAGCUCCCUGUGGAAGAGCAAGCUCCUCGUCAGCUACCAGGAGAUCCCCUUCUACCACAUCUGGAGCGGCGCGCAGCAGUACCUGCACUGCACCUUCACCCUGGAGCGCGCCAGCCCCAGCACCAGCGACCUGGCCUGCAAGGUGUGGGUGUGGCAGGUGGAAGGUGAUGGGCAGAGCUUCAACAUCAACUUCAACAUCACCAAGGACACGAGGUUUACUGAGCUGCUGGCUCUGGAGAGUGAAGGGGGGGUCCCAGCCCUGGUGGGCCCCAGUGCCUUCAAGAUCCCCUUCCUCAUUCGGCAGAAGAUCAUUUCCAGCCUGGACCCCCCCUGUAGCCGGGGAGCUGACUGGCGGACCCUGGCCCAGAAACUCCACCUGGACAGCCACCUCAGCUUCUUUGCCUCCAAGCCCAGCCCCACGGCCAUGAUGCUCAACCUGUGGGAGGCUCGGCACUUCCCCAACGGCAACCUCAGCCAGCUGGCGGCGGCCGUGGCCGGACUGGGCCAGCCAGACGCCGGCCUCUUCACAGUGUCAGAGGCCGAGUGCUGAGGCCGGCCAGGCCGAACGCCUACACUCUCACCAGCUUUGGCACCCACCGGGGACAGGCAGAAGCCAGACAGGGGCCCUUCCCCCAAACCAGGGAGAGCUGCUUGGACAGGCCCCCUCCGGCCGGAGUUGUCCCUUGACGCUGGUCCUUCAGACCCUGCCCAAACUCCCACCCCUCCAUGGCCUGCCUGGCCAGGCUGGCACUGCCACCUGCUCACACUCUGCUCCAGGGCCCAGGGUGGACAGUGCCUGGCGCCCAUCUGUCUGUGUGUGUGUGUGUGAUGCUACCUCUCCUCCUGCCCUGCCCGGGGCCCGCGUACGCACGGGCACGCACGCGCACGCUGGGCCCGGGUCGGCCCUGGAGCUCCUGCCUGGGCUGGGCCUUAUGCAAACAUUUCUGUGCCUGCUGGGUAGGGGCACGUCUGAGGGGCCCGGCUCCAAGCCUACAGGGCCAAGGGCCACAGCCGGACAGGGGCGGCCCCUGGAUUCAGGCACAUGACCACCACACGAGCACGUGCCCACACACGCCUCGUGUGCUCAUCUCACACUCACCGCCGUCCGGGUCAUGCGGACACCCCCACACACACACAUCUCAUGCUGUACACCUGGAGGCUGCUCACGUCUCUCACGCCCGGUGUUGGUGCACAUCCGCCUCGCACAUGCCGCCCUCUCCCACCCACCCAGGGACACCCCACGGCUCCUCCCUGGCCCCACCCCUGCCCCCAGCCUCGAGAUGCCCUGCCUGGCGGGGCGUGUGAAUAUGCAAUGGGAGUCCCGGGCUGUACAGUGGCGAGUGUGUGCCGUGGCAUGCCUGUUCCUGGGGCUGGCUGGUGCCCCGUGCGGGGCCUGUCGUGUGAAGCUCGUGUCCUGACUCUGUCUUAAGUGCAUUCACGCACUUACACUUGGCCUUAUGUACACAGCCUUGCCCGGCCGUCGGGGCGCGUAGGGAUUUUAUCGGACGUGAAUGUAAAUAAAUUAUAUAUAUAUUGCUAA